CCGUUUUGCGGUAUUUACGUAAAGAUGUCAGACAGCUGUGCCAGGGUCAGAGGAGUUGUAUGUUUUGACUGACGUUUUCUUGGUGUUUGUGACUGCACAGCUGAAGUGAGAUGGCGGUGAACCUGAGACAUCAAGUCAGACAACUGUACAAAAACCUGAUGUUCCUUGGUAGAGAGUACCCCAAGGGCCAGGACUACUUCAGACAGAGAUGCAAGGCUGCUUUCAUCAAACACAAGGACGAGACUGACCCAGAGGUCAUCAAGAUGCUCAUAGCCAGAGGAGACUACGUCAUCAAAGAGCUCGAGGCACUGUACAUGCUUAGGAAAUACAGGACCCUGAAAAAGAGAUACUAUCCCUCAUAGGUAUAUAGAGAUGGAUCAGAUAAUGGUAGCAAUGAAAGUGUUGUUCUUCAUUUAGCCGUAAGAGUAUAAAAAUGCAACAUGUAUAUACUUCUUUGAGGGAUUUGUAUUUCAUGGAUCCAAAAUGAUGAAUGAACAGUAGAAAUUGGUAAUGAUAAAGUAAAGCUGCUAAAGUCACCACUUCCUUCUGAAUGCAGUGGAGUGACUCAAGUUUCAACUUCAAUUACAGUGAUUAUUCUUAAGUUGAUGAUAACAUUAGCAGUUUUUGUGCAUUUCUGUCAUCCUGAAAAAAUGCAUUUUCUCACCAUUAGGUUUGAGAACAAACUACCGGUAUACAUUGAUAUGGCCUUACACUUAGAAAGUCAGAGUGUAUUACAUGAAGAUGUAUGUAAUACAAGUAGAAU